AUGUCAAUAGGAAAGCCGGAUGUUGUCGAUGUCGAGAUGCAGCACCUGCCACCUCCGUUGCCUGAUCCUGUCCCAGGAUAUCCGCGGUUGGCAGAAAGGAUGGGGAGAACCCCUGAGACUGCGAUCCUACGCCGCUUCGCAGGGCUCAAUGCGCGGAAUCUCCUGUAUCUCCAAGCGGAGCUUGUUCAGCUGGAGCGCGACCUCGCUGAGGUGGAAGUUGCGGACAGCCGGAGGGAGGAGGGCCUGGGACGGAAGUUCUCCACAGAUUGGUUCUGGUUGGUUGAAUCGGUGAAUGACAAUGAGCAUAGCCGUCAAUGGCAGCUUAUGCUCAAGGUCCGAGAGCGGUUGAAGGAAUACAACGAGGCGCUCAUUCAGCAAAAUCAACUGGCAAACAUGCUGCAGCCCGACAAGCGAGACAUCCUCACGCUUCAGUGCUGGAUGACACAUCCCAAUGGGGGAGACGGGGUCAUGGUUGGCGGCGACUCGUAUGUCUGGGGAGACAUUCAAUACAAGGGAUCGCAUGCUAGAGACCUCGUUGCUUUACGAGCCCGGCAAGUCGACGAUCCGUUUGCUCGAUUGGUGACAGGUAGAGUCCGGAAUUGGUACGAAGGAUCCAUCGGGCGCUUUGUAGACAAGAAGCCCUCGCGUAUGAACCCAGAAGCCGGACACGAGGACUCUAUUCUCAUGAACCUCACGUCCAUCGUCACGAGUCUUAUUGAACCGCUGUUCCCGAUCGCUUCAAUCGCGAUCCUAUGCGCUGUGCAAUCCGUGUCGACUCGUAUAGCCGUCAUCGCCGCCUUGAAUUUCGUUUUCUCUUUCUGCUUGAUGACCUUCGCAAGAGCAAGGAGAACCGAGGUAUUUGCCGCGACCGCCGCGUGA